GUUACAAAGGCAUCGGCAGUAUCGUGUGUUACUUGCGAGCCGACACCGGGCAGGUGACCUGGAAACAUCCCUUCUACGACUACUUUCGGCAGCUUCGUGUCUUUUGCAAACAAGCUUCGAAAGACGAGGUCAUGCAGGUGCGCUGCAACCGGCUCCUGUGGAGUUAUGAGGCUACGCGCGUGGAAGCCGAACAUGACCAGGAGCCAUUGAUUUCUCCCAUGUACGUGGCGCGCAUGGGGGAGAUCUUCGGUUUCGAUGUCAAGACUCAAGGCUGUGUCGUGAGGAAUUGCAAAGCUCAGCUCAAGGCUUUUGCCAAACACUACCGCCGGACACAGGAUGUUGACAUCAACUUGAUCCGCGACUGUAAUGAGAUGCUCCAAAGAGACCUGGAAAAGUAUGAGGAGAUGGUUUCCCAUUGGUCAGGUGCCGUGAAGGACGAUGUGAAGUUCGAUCUCAACAAGUUGUCAAAAGGAGAGCUUCAGUGUGUGAACUGCGAAACCACAGCGCUUAGUUUUUGCUUGGAAUGCAAGGACUACCUGUGCCUGAAGUGCUAUGGUGAUUUGCACAGCAAGGGUUUCCGCAAGUCCCAUGCGCCUUUUUGCCUGGUUCCUUGCGCGCUGUGUGUGGUGCUACCAGCAAAAAUUCAUUGCACCUUCACCGACAAAUCGCUAUGUCAUGGGUGCUAUGCCAUGAAGCACAUCAAGAUGCUCCCCAAGGAUGGCAAGGAGAACGCGCCAAGGAGGAUCAACUACGUUGAGCAAUACAACCGAUACGCAGCGAUGGCGAAGAAGAGAGCCGAGACGAAGGCAAGUCCAUCAGAAGAGAUUCCGAACUUGGAGGAUGCCGCUUACGAGUCGGUCUUAAGCACCGAUUGGCAUCCCUUCUACGAUGCACGCGGGGUGAAGUACUACCACAACUUUGCCACGGGUGAGCGCAUGCGCCAGAGCCCCACCGCGGUGCCCAACACCGACGAGCCGGGUGUCGAAGGCAACAAUGGACUGAAGGAAGCGAAGGCUGCUCUGGGCCAAGAAGAUGAGUCUCCCAGGAAGGAGGAAAGAGCUGGCUCUGCUCCCUUGAAGGGAUCAGAACCCAUGCCGCUGUCUGGAUUUGACUCGUUGAAGUCGGAUGCGGCAGCAGCCGUUUUGGCGGCGGAAGCGCCGGAGACCCGGACCUUGCGCGCGCCCUACCGGCAGCUGAUGCCGAACGAAGCAGAUAUGUCCGAAGCCAGUCUGGCAGGUUUGCGGAUGACUUCCCUUGGCCCAUGGCGCUGUGCCAGCCUUCACCUUUUUCAGGACUGUUUGCAGCUUCGGUCCCUGCCGGAUUGUGUGACCUGUCUCAACCAAGCCAUUGACGCAUCGCCGUGGCCCGUCGCCGUGCUUCAUCUCUUAAGUGCCACUGAGAUGGCGCUGAGAGUCGAUGUGAUCGGUUGCGGUUCCGCCCUGAAGGUGACCAGUCACGGAAGCCGUUGGGAGGUGGCUCGCUGCUUGUUGUCGGCGAUGUCUUGCUGGCAUCUGGAAGCCAAUGAAAUCUGCGUCAAUGCCGCGUCGGCGCUCGUUGGCGCGCCUUGGCGUGCGCUGGUGAUGCUGACGGAUAUGGAGGAGGAGGUGGCGUUGUGCCAGGCAAUCGACGCAUCUGCUCAUCAGGGCCAGUGGCAGCAGCCGCUGGCAUGGCUUUCCGCAUCCUUUCAGGCCGGGGCCGGAAGCCUCCAGGGCUUGGCUGCUGCCAUGACGGCCGCCAACAGGCAACACUGGCAGUUCUCACUGCUGAUUCUGGGCAUGACACAUCUGAGGAUGCAGCCCGACAGCGUGGUUCUCACCUGCGCCCUGGCGGCCCUUGAGAAAGCCUCUGAGUGGCAAGCGGCUGGUUCUUUGUUGGAAGAGAUGACACGUCACAGCCUGGCCAAUGAGCACAGUGGCUGGGCGUAUCAAUGA